AUGCAGUAUACGCCAUUCGCGUCGGACAUAGAACUGCCGUUCUAUACUGCUUUGGCAUCCUUGAAAAUCGACCAUGACAAACUUGAUGAUUCUACCAGAAAGCUACUGGGUCUCUAUGAGAUCCGCUCCACGGAUUCUCCCAACACCUCGUGUCGGAUGCAAGUACACGGAAAUGCUCUCACCAGCGACGAGGUACCAACCGGUUACUAUCGAGCCGAAGGCACGAUGAAGAAUGUAAACACCAUCGAAGAAUACCGAAAUGCGGACAAAGCCUUUCUUCUCCAGGAAUCUGGCAGGACGAUAUGGGAGGCUAUAGUUGACGGUUCUAUCUACUCGUUCCCGUCUUUACUCUCAUCCUUCCUCGUCCUCUCGUAUGCAGACCUCAAAAAAUAUAAGUUUCACUAUUGGUUUGCCUUUCCUGCACUCCAUUCAGACCCAUCGUGGACCGCAUCGCGUCCGUCAACACAAAUCACCAGCCGCGACCAGGUCGGGGACAGUACUAAACAUGCCAAAGCCUUGUCAGUCUUCGAAAAUUCGGCUCUGAUAGAAGCAGUGCAGGCUUGGAGUUCUGGGGUAGAUGCUCGUCAGCGCGGGUUUUUCUUGGCUCGCAGAGUGCGAGGCAGCGACGGCAAGGCAAAUACUGACAACGAAGCGCAGUCUGCGGCAGUUAAUAUGACGUGCUGCUGGCAAGUUGAUGCUCUUGCGACCUAUGAAACCGGCUUCUUCGAGGGUGCGCGCUUUGAGGAUUGUUUUGUUUGUUUCGUGGAUCCUUCGAAUUACGAAAAUGCCCCUGGAUGGAUGCUCAGAAACCUACUAGUGCUUGCGAAACGACGCUGGAGACUUGACAAAAUCCAAAUCCUGAGAUAUCGUGAACCGUUUUCGAAGCAUGACCAGGGUCGCAGUAUACUAAUGACGUUGGAGUCACAGAGUGCUCAGACCACUGGUACUGCAGAGUUGCAGGACACAGAUGCCAACGCUAUGCCGAAAGUAACUGGAUGGGAACGCAACGCAACAGGAAAGUUAACAGGAAGACUGGUUGAUCUUACCGAGUACUUGGAUCCUAGAAGAUUAGCGGAUCAGUCUGUUGAUCUCAACCUCAAGCUUAUGAAGUGGAGAAUAAGCCCCAGGCUCAACCUAGAUACGAUCAAACACACUAGGUGUCUUCUACUUGGAGCCGGUACCCUCGGAAGCUAUGUGGCCCGAAAUUUAAUGGGUUGGGGUGUUACUAAUAUUACAUUCGUGGACAAUGGGUCUGUGUCAUUUUCGAAUCCUGUGAGGCAGCCAUUGUUUAAUUUUACAGACUGCUUGGGAGGGGGCGCAAAAAAGGCACAUCGAGCAUCCCAGGCCGUGAAAGAGAUAUACCCCGGCGUUGAAUCUACCGGAUAUGCUUUUUCGGUCCCAAUGGCUGGCCACCCUGUGUUGGAUGCCCAGAAAACCCGGGCAGAUUUUGAAACUCUUCAGAAGCUUAUAGAUGACCACGACGUAGUGUUUCUCCUUAUGGACACAAGAGAGUCACGCUGGCUACCAACCGUCAUGGGGAAAGCAGCUGGGAAAAUCGUUAUGAAUGCAGCGCUAGGCUUUGACUCUUUCGUGGUAAUGCGCCACGGUGUGAAAAAUGAGGAGCAUCAAGAAGCAGAACUUGGGUGCUACUUUUGCAACGAUGUUGUUGCGCCGAUGAAUUCGGUCAAGGACCAGACACUUGAUCAGCAAUGCACUGUGACUAGGCCUGGUGUAGCUGCCAUUGCCUCGGCCCUCUUAGUUGAGCUGCUUGUUUCGCUUCUCCAGCACCCUGACGGAGUUGCAGCCCCAGCCCCGGUAUCCCAAAGCGAUGAUCAAAACGAUCACCCCUUGGGACUAGUGCCACAUCAAAUUCGAGGAUUUCUCUCGACUUUUGAGAACAUUACUAUCCACGGGAGGAGCUACCCUUCCUGUAGUGCCUGUUCGGACAACAUCGUUGGCGCCUUCAAGAGUCAAGGUUGGGAGUUUGUGCAGAAGGCAUUGAAUGAACCUGGGUAUGUCGAGGAAUUAAGCGGGCUGAAGGAGGUUCAAUCAAAAGCCGAGGAAACGAUUGCCGACAUAGAAUGGGAUGAAUUGUCUGAUGAGGAAGAAUUGGCCGUGUAA